GGUGUUCCAGCAGGCGUGGGUGUAUCCCAAGUCGCUCUUGGUUCCACAUAUGUGUCAGUAGGGACAGUGCUCAGAUUAAGACACACAGCUCUUUCUCCCCAGUAUGUGAGCUGACAGGAUGCUGCCCCGUAAAUGGGGCUCCCAGUCUACCCCUUCUGUGCCACACAUGCUGCCCCAGGGGACCACCAAACGCUAUCACUGGAUCUUAACGAGGAGACAAUCCAUUGAUUUCUCUGAUCUCUGCCAAACCUGGGAUAUUUUAUAAUUAUGUCCUUUAUUGAACCGUUACUAGAAGAAGAAAGCUAUGAAUAUGAUUGUGAAAGUGAGCAGGAGACUGUUUAUGAUGAAGGCCCCUGUGAACAGUUAGAAUUUGAGGAAGAAGUGUUAUGUGCAGAACGAGUUGGCCAGAUGACUAAAACAUACAAUGAUAUAGAUUCUGUUACACAUCUACUUGAAGAGAAAGAGCGGGAUCUUGAAUUAGCUGCUCGGAUAGGCCAGUCUUUGCUGAAGAAGAACAAAACACUGACAGAAAGGAAUGAGUACCUCGAAGAGCAAGUAGAACAUAUCAAGGAGGAAGUUUCACAGUUGCGUCAUGAACUGGCUAUGAAAGAUGAACUGCUUCAGUUUUAUACCAGUGCUGCUGAGGAAAGUGAACCAGAGUCCAUCUGCUCCACACCUUUGAAGAGGAAUGAAUCUUCAUCAUCCGUCCAAAAUUAUUUUCAUUUUGAUUCACUCCAGAGAAAAUUGAAAGACUUAGAAGAUGAAAAUAUUGUUCUCCGUUCUGAGGCAUGCCACUUGGAAACAGAGACUAUAACAUAUGAAGAAAAAGAACAACAGUUAGUGAAUGACUGUGUCAAAGAGCUAAGGGAUGCUAAUUUCCAAAUUGUCAGCAUAUCGGAUGAAUUGGCUAAAAAAACAGAAGAUGCUGCUCGUCAACAAGAGGAGAUAACCCAUUUGCUCUCUCAAAUUGUUGAUAUUCAGAAAAAGGCUAAAUCUUAUGCAGUUGAAAAUGAAGAGCUUGUGCAACAUCUGGGGGCUGCUAAAGAUGCCCAGAGACAGCUUACAGCCGAGCUACGGGAAUUGGAGGACAAAUAUGCAGAGUGCAUGGAGAUGCUUCAUGAGGCGCAGGAAGAGUUAAAAAACCUAAGAAAUAAAACCAUGCCAAAUGUUAUUUCACGACGGUACCACACACUAGGUGUAUUUCCUAUGGACUCUAUAGCAGCUGAAAUAGAAGGCUCCAUGAGGAAAGAGCUGAAGAUGGAUGAUCCAGACUCUCCAGAAAUGAAUGGCAAUCACCCCAAGCGUGUGUUUGAAACUGUCCGAAACGUGAACCAGGUAGUAAAGCAAAGGUCUCUGGCUCCAUCUCCAAUGAAUAUCCCAGGUUCCAACCAAUCAUCUUCUAUGAACUCUUUAAUGUCAAGUUGUGUAAGCACUCCACGUUCCAGCCUGUAUGGGGGAGAUAUCUCCAACAUUGUGAUUGAUAACAAGACCAACACUAUUAUCUUGGAAACUGAAGCAACUGAUAAUGCGGAUGGCGAUAAGAACAAGCCUGGCACUCCUGGCACACCAGGUUCUAAUGACCUCGAGACGGCUCUCAGACGCUUGUCUCUUCGUCGAGAGAACUAUCUUCUUGAGCGAAAGUUCUUUGAAGAUGAUCAAGAUAGAAAACUGCGCAGCCUGGCUGAGAAGGGAGAGCUUAACAGUGGAUCUUUAACCCCAACUGAAAGCAUCAUGUCACUGGGAACUCACUCACGAUUUUCAGAGCUCACGGGAAUCUCAGGAAUGUCUUAUUGCAGUCGCUCCUACCUUCCAGAAAAACUUCAGAUCGUGAAGCCCCUAGAAGGUUCUGCAACUCUACAUCACUGGCAGCAGCUGGCCCAGCCCAACCUGGGAGGAAUUCUGGAUCCAAGGCCUGGAGUAGUCACCAAAGGCUUCAGAACUCUAGACCUGGACCAAGAGGAUGUGUACUGCUUUGCAGAUUAUGAAGAAGAUGAGACAGGUGACAUUCCUUUCAAGAGUUUAACUACCUCGACUCCCGUCCAGCACUCAGAGACCUCAGGUGAGAGGUCAAAAGCACAAGUGACUGUGUCAGACAGCAAGAAUUGUCCAAGUCAUUCUCAGGCUGUCCCAGAAGAUUUGCAAGAGCCAGCGACAGACGAUGAUGAGGGGUCUGCACUCUACCCUGGGAAGUGCAUGUCUCAGACAAACUCCACAUACACCUUUACCACUUGUCGGAUUCUGCACCCUUCUGAUGAGCUCACUCGAGUCACUCCGAGCCUUAACUCUGCACCCAAUCUGUCUUGUGGCAACUUUAGUAAUCUAAAAUCAACGCCUGCAAGCACCCCUUGCACACCUAGACGCCUGAGCUUGGCUGAAUCGUUCACCAAUCUCCGAGAAUCGACAACCACUAUGAGCACAUCUUUGGGGCUGGUGAGGCUGCUAAAGGAGAGGGGAAUUUCUGCAGCCAUGUACAAUCCUCAAAGCUGGGACAGGGCUAGGAAAGCAUCCCUCGUGAACAGUUCUCUUCCAAAAAUGACUGUUAUUCCUUCCACCCCUCCAAACUCUCCUAUGCAGACGCCAAGUUCCUCACCUCCCUUGCUGGACUUUAAGUGCACCAGCCCACCUUAUGACAAUUUCCUGGCUUCUAAACCUGCCAGCUCCAUUUUGAAGGAAGUACGAGAAAAGAAGAACAUAAGAAGCAGUGAAAGCCAAACUGAUGUGUCUGUGUCAAACCUUAACCUAGUAGAUAAAGUUAAAAAGUUUGGAAUUGCUAAGGUAUCUGGACCAGCACAUGCAUCUGCUUUACGUGACCACCACAAGCCCAUUAUAUGUGGUGCACAGGGACCAAUUAGUGCCUAUGUUCCUGGAGGCGUAAUGCAGGAAGGCCGUCCUUUGAGUUACCCUGUUGUGACAAGUGCUAUAAGCAGCCUUCAGCUUAACACUGGCAUCCGCAGGAAUCGGAGCUUUCCAACCAUGGUAGGGUCCAGCAUGCAGAUGAAAGGGCCUCCAGCGACUUUGACAUCAGACAUUCUAAUGGGAGCCAAAUUGCCUAAACAGACUAGCUUGCGCUGAGAACUAUCUGCUAGUGGUGAAACAAUAUUGAAGCUCAGACUUUUAUUUAACACCAUUGUUUCACUUCUUCCCUCACCUUUAUGCUGACAAAUCAACAUUGUGCCUAGAAUGGAAAAUGAUUGUAUAAAUAUGUAACAUAAAUAUUGUUUGUGAACUUAUUUCAAAUGAAAAACCAGUGACAUUAGAUGUUCACUGUAGUUGUACUGUUGUAGAUAUUUAACUUGCUAAUAAUGUACAUAAAAUUGUUAAUGGCAGGAGAGAGAUUCUGUAUGCACUGAAUAUGAAAAACCUCUGGGAGAGUCUUGUGUAGACGGUCCUGUGAAACUUUAUUUGGUGGGCAUGUUUUUCGUGUGCCAAAGUGGCUACUGAAAACUACCAGUCUAGAAUUUAGCAGUACUACAAAAAAAAGGCCUCUGUUGUAUGUGCAACGAUUGAGUACCUUUUAGGUAUGGCACUAAGUAAUUCUUGAAAUGACCAUAAUUGUGAGAAAUGAUUUAACAGCAAAAUUAAACAUGGGAAACAAAGCUUUAUGGCACUUUUCACUUUGCAACUGUGAUGUUCAGUACAUCAAAAGCAAAAUAUUUUUUGUAUACAAUUUCAUACUUCUCACAAUCAUAAUAAAACAAGCAAGUAUUGCAAAUACUACAUCACUGCAAGUAAUACCCAAUCUUUUUUCUUUUUAUAGGAGUUAAGUAAAGUAAUAAGUGAUGUUAAAACAUAUAAACUAUAAUAAGCGUGUAUGUUCUACUCUCCUGGACAUAUAAUAAUGAACAGGUUUUUUUUGUUUGUUUGUUUUUUUAACAGAAUGGAUUACUGUGCAAUUAAAUGACUCUACACUAUCUUUAGUUAUAUAGGAAGUCAUAGCUUUUAUUUUUUAAAUCUUUUCCCAACCACUUCUUUUUGCUGUAGUUUUAAAGACCUGAAAGGUGUGGUAUCCUUUUUUAGGCCUUUCCUACAACAGUACCCCAAAGUCUUUGGUACUCUUUCAGGCCUUUAGUGUAUGCAAUGAACUCUGCCCUAAACAGCAAAAUGUCCAGAUUCAAAAAGGGUGAAGAAGAGGAUUUAAAGCAAUCUUCUAUAUUCAGCUUGCCAAACAAAGUAUUUACAACAAAAAAUAGAGAAUGGUUGUCUUUACAGAGGUAUAUCACCUGGAACACUGAAAAUCCUUUAAAAAUGGAUCUCAGGAAAGGGAACUAGUGGUAGCUGUUCAACCUUGAUUACUGGUAGUGCUGCAGAGUAGCUUCUAUACACAGUUAGAGCAGCAAUGUUACUGUCUGAGGACUAUACAGAAUUUGCAAAGACCGCCAACAGUGACAUCACCACUGGGAGUCUGGUGGCUAGUGUGGAGGGGGGCAGUGAAAGGUGAGCUUUACUUAUCUGAACCUGUACCUCACGGCACCGCCAUCUUCUAUUGGCGUGUCAUUGUUUGCUUCUGAUGCUGAAUUCUCGCGCCUGAGUGAGAGUACAGCAUUGAGGUUUAUGGAGAAUCCUGCGAGACCACAGGGUUCUCCAUAGAAAAAAAACAAUUCACUGCAGCUGUCACUGGUGACAGCUAGGGGAAUUGCCACUUCUAGACCGCUUCCCAGUGUCUAGAAAUGUUAGGCGCAGGGAGGGUGGCAGUGCCACUUUAAUGUUAACUUAUAAAA